AUGGACAGUGCCUGCAAUUUCGAGUUCUCCGAAAAGAUCGAUGCGAAGUGCUGUCAGAGGGACACAGAAGCAGUCGGAUUCUAUGGUUUCCUGCUGCCUCCCAGGUCCUUCUCUGUCAACGGUGCGAUGCACGCACUGGACCCCUGUGCCCCGCUUGAGCUCGGACGGCGAUGCCUUUUUGGAUAUGAUACCUUUCAGAUCCUAGGGGCAAAUCCCGAGGAGGAGAUGCAUGCUAUGGGCUUUAUAGGCAAAGAACAGGGAAAGAUGGUUUCAAUCUCUCUGCCCACCAGUCCACCCCUUAUGCAACCAGCACGAGUGAACGAUGAUGCCGAGAACGAGCCUGUAUUCUACCACCGCCUCUUCCACAAGUAUGCAGAGGCGAUUCCGCAAGGUAUUUGGGAGUUGACCCAUUAUUUGGAAAAUCGCCCACGCUUUCGCGCCCUUCGGCGGUUGGGGCGCUCGUGCGUGCAAACGGAGGCGGCCUUGGCAGGAGCAAUGGCAGACACUACGGCAGUGCCGUGGUUAGCUCUCAGGUGGCGGGAGCGUGGCAACGGUGUUUUCCGAAGUUUUGUGAAUCUGGGUGCUCGAGAUGGCAUCUUGGAAGACCCCUUGGCGCCUUUGCUGCUUGACCCGCAGAGAGAGGACAUGCUUGCUGUUGGGGUCGAGAUGGAUCCUGACAUUUGCCAGCUCCACAGGGCGAACUUGCCACACGUUCGGCUACUGUGCACGCAAAUAAGCAAAGACACCAUGCCGGAGAUCAUCGGGGCUCUGCCCAGGAGUUUCCAGAAGGUCCGAAACUCUUCUUUUUGGCGUCCGCGACUAGAUGUGCUGAAAGUCGAUUUGGAUGGCGCAGACUGCGAUAUUGCCUUGUCCUUCUUGUCCUCAGUGCCCGCCAAGCUGGUCGUGUUGGAGGUCUUCGAUGGCUUGCCGCCGCCACUGCGUUUCGCGCUUCACGAGCAUGCAAAGCUCGCCUCAUGGGGCCAUCUGACAAUCUGGGGCUGCUCACUCAGCUACCAGGUGCACAUGCUUAGGCCACUGGGCUAUAACUUGAUAUGGUACGGCGCAGGCAACGCAAUCUACGUCCACAGGUCUGUGGCUUCGCAGUUGGGCUUGUUCCGCUUAGACGAGGUGGACUGCUACGUGAAGAACGUGAUUAUGGCAAUGUGGCCGAGUGGUCGGCGCAUGCGGCGCUGGUUCUACGAGGAGCCUCUGAACGAGACCUUUCUGGAUGCACAGAGGAGUGUGGAACGGCACCUUAAGGGGAGGCCAUACACGUUGAAGGUCUGA